CGGACACGACGACGAUCGUGUACGACAUGACGACGACCAUCGUGUGUCGGAAACGACGACCAUCGUGCUCGACACGACCACCAUCGUGUUCGACCCGACGACGAUCGUGAUGGACACGACGACCAUCGUGUUGGAUACGACGACGAUCGUGCCGGACACGAUGACGAUCGUGUUCGACACGACGACGGUCGUGGUCGUCACGAUGACGAUCGUGUUUGACACGACGACGAUCGUGUUCGACACGACGACCAUCGUGUCGGACACGACGACCAUCGUCGAGUCAUCGGCACGACGACGAUCGUGACGUCGUCGCUUCACUGUCGCUAUGAAGAUCUCUCAUUGGAUGACCCCAACACUUUGGCGUGCACGAAAGGCACACCCUUUCCCACCUUGCGCGCUGCACGUCCGACAAUGUCAGGGCAGCACAACCUUUGAUGGCGCUUGUCCCGAAGACUUCGAAUGCGAUCCUUGGAUGAGAGUCGUCCCGUUUGUUGACAAACAUUUGGACUCCUGGGAGAAGUACGAGUGGGUGAACAUGACGAAGGGAUGCCCGUGGGUGGACGAUUAUGAGUUCGCCAAUAUGUCGGAAUUCAGAAAACGCAUUCGUGUACCGAUCGAUGUGUUGCGUGCCGUGCGGUUGCCUCAAUUGUGUAAGAAGCUGAAAAUAAGCCGCCUUGUUAGUGUUUUGGACUGCGAAUACGUGACAACCUCGCCGUUCACAUGGUGCCGUGUUAUGAAGCAGGAGUUACUCGAUUGUGCACGACAUUCGCAGUUCCUCGAUCAUUAUCCGUUGCGAUCUCCCGGUCUGUCUCCAAGAACAGUUUCGUAUUGUUGUGUGAGAUUGCGUCUGGCAUACUUCAUCUUCUGUAGGAUCCUCUAUAUUGCUUGUUCGAACAGGGCAAGAAACUUGACAGACGCUGUCGUGUAUGUGUCCAGGAACGAGUUGUCUAUGUUCGGAAGGGAUAUGUGUUUAGUUCAAAGAGAGGUCGAUGGGAGAUUGGAUAUCGUGGUGGGUGGCAAGGUGGAGGACGUUGGCGCAUGGCGCGAGGUCGAGACUAAAGUCGUUUCUAUUCGGGAUGCUAUAGGUGCUUCUCUCGCCGGGAACUCCAGGCACCGCCCGGCGACCAUCAUGUCGAACACGACAAACAGCGCACGGCAGACCACAGUGUCACUGUCGUGUCGAACUCGACGGUCGGACGACCUGCCCGGUCCGCCAACUCAUGUCGACUCGAUAGUCGGAAGCGGACAUCACGACACGGUCGUCGAGUACUCCGGCCGCCGCGCUGUUUGCCCCGUUGCGACCGUGUUCCUGUCGAGUCGAACACGACGACGAGUUGGUCCGACUCGGCUGUCACACCACAGACCGCAGUGUCACUGUCGUGUCGAACACGACGGUCGAUAUGACCUGCACAGUCCACCAGCUCGUCGUCGACUCACUGUCGUGUCGAACUCGACGGUCGGACGACCUCCACAGUCCAUCAACUCAUCGUCGUGUCGACUCUACAGUCGGAAGCGGACAUCACGACACGGUCGUCGAGUGCUUCGGGCGCCGCGUUGUGUUGCCCCGCUGCGACCAUGUUCCUGUCGAGUCGAACACGACGACGAGUUGGUCGGCUGUCGCACGACAGACCGCAGUGUCACUGUCGUGUCGAGCACGACGGUCGGACGACCUGCACAGUCCGCUGGUUCGUCGUCGUGUCACUGUCGUGUCGAACUCGACGGCUGUGCCAUGACGCCUGUUACCGACCGUCGAAUUCGACAGCGACACUGUGGUGUGCCGUGCACUGUUUGUCGUGCUCGACACGGUGGUCCCCGGACGCUGCUCGACAUGGAUCGGGAGGGGAAGCCUGGCAAACGACGUGCUAGUAGAAGUUCCGGGAGCAUGGAGCAAUCUCCAAAAAAAACGAAGGGGACACCGACCGCUGGCGUGGAGACUGAUGAGACACCGGGGUCUAAGGGCCAGCGAACCCCGGUGCUGCGGGGUGCGCCUUCUACGGGCACUCCUUCCACUCGUGUUCGCAGUUCUGGACCAGAUGCGGCGGUGUUGAUGAGUGGUGGGGCUGCGGGUCGAGAAGAGGAGGCUGCUGGUCGGCAGGGGAAAUCUGCGGUAGACGUUGUGCCGAAGCGUAGAAGGUCUGGUGAAACGUCCGUUGCAGGUGUGGGAGACGAGGUGCCUGUCUUGGACCACAAAGACAAGUGCUGGAUGUUGGACUGGGUGGGUGGAAUCGGGGAACCCUUGAGUGGGCUGGUUCUGUACGUGGUGAUAAAAGAUAACAUUGUUCUGAUUGGCGGUGUGGUGAAGUGGAGUGGAGGAAGUUCACCGUUGGCCAUGUUGGAGUUGACGAUGGUCCUUAACGCUAAAGGGCAUGAGCCGGUGGUGCAUGCUGCCGACCGCAUAUCUGAGCCGAAAAGCGUGUUUUCGUCGUCCUUGGAGGCGGCUCCGUCGUCGAAACCAAUCAUUAUAGGUGCCCGCCCUUCGCAAUCCCUUCGGACUCCGGUCGUUGCAACGCGAGUUCCGAAAUCUGGGCAGAGCGGGGAGAAAGGUCCGUGUUGUGGCCAAAUCGUGCCAUCAGCCCCCGUGAAGUCCAGACCAACAUCAACCAAGGAACCCGUUUCCUUGGUCGGCCCACCGCGUUAUGAGUUCGCCAUUCCUACUGGGCCGCAUUAUUUUGGAGAUGACGACGAGGAGAACAGUGAGGAAGAUUCGAAGCGCGAUGAAGAAUGCGAAGAAUAUGAGGAGGGUGGCGAUGACAGAGGGGAGCAUGGGGAAGAGCCGGAAGUAGACAAUGAACAGACAUUCAGCGACAGGGGUGGGCCAGACAAAUUGGAGGGUCGUCUAGGGGUUGAAUAUGAGGAUGAAGGGCAAGAAGAGGAAACGAGCGGCGAGGGAGGGUAGGGAGAUGUGCAUCGGGGUUGCGAACGAAA